GCAGCUCCAGGGACCCGGUAAUUGAUACAGAUUCCGAUCUCGGUUCCAAUCAAUUUGAGCCGCAGGCUUGCGAUUGACGAUUUCCGGUGUGGGCCAUGUGCUGGAUAUGAGAGUCUGUUCUGGCAUGACUCCGAGGAUCUGGCUAGGGUGAAUAUCUCUUGAGCUUUUUAUUCACGCAAAGCUACUGCGUAAUUGAUAAGGCAUCCCAGUGUUGGAACUAUUCUGAAGCUAGGUACCCUAGCCAACUCGGCGAGUCAUUAAGGUUCAGUGACAAGUUAGUCUUCGAGAGCACUGUUUCGACUGAGUCACGCCAACCUUAUCCUGGUGUUUACCGAGCGCCGAGUCUACCUUUAAAAGCGGCCUUCAUUCUCCUGGCUGCCGAGGACUUCACGAACACAUUACAGCUUCUAGCUAUUGGGAGCGUCUCCGCCAUGUCUCCUCGUCCUGCGUUUCGCACCAUCAAAGCUGCCAUGGCCCACCUCCAGACCCGAUCACUCUCCAGCGCGUCCGGGCCCAGGCAUCUCCUGUCAAUUAGCGACCUUAGCCCCGCCGAGUUUACCAGGCUUGUCCUCAAUGCCUCGUCUCAUAAGGCUGCCGUCAAGGCCGCUCUCGCCGCGGGCGAGCAGCCUCCGAAACCGCUGCACGGGUCUUUGACGGGCAGGACGGUGGCUAUGAUGUUCAGCAAGCGUAGCACCAGGACCCGCGUGUCGACAGAGGCAGCAGUGCAAUUAAUGGGCGGCCACCCGAUGUUCCUGGGCAAAGAUGACAUCCAGCUUGGCGUGAAUGAAUCCCUCUACGACACUUCGGUCGUCAUCUCCUCCAUGACCUCGUGUAUGGUGGCCCGCGUGGGAGCACACAAGGAGGUCGCCGACCUGGCAGCUCACUCCUCAGUCCCCGUGAUCAACGCAUUGUCAAACGACUUCCACCCGCUCCAAACCAUCGCCGACUUCCAGACCAUCCACGAGAGUUUUUCGCCGCGCACCAGCUCCCCGUCUGAGACAAGCCUCGGACUAGAAGGGCUCAAGGUCGCGUGGGUAGGCGACUCGAACAACGUGCUGUUCGACCUGGCGACCGCGUGCGUCAAGAUGGGCGUGGACAUCGCCGUGGCGUCGCCGGAAGGGUACGGCAUUCCCGAGGCGAUGAGGAAGGUGAUCCUGUCCGGCGCAGAGGGCGCCAGGACGCCGGGCAAGCUGACCGAGACGACCGUGCCGGAGGAGGCGAUCAAGGACGCCGACAUCCUCGUGACUGACACCUGGGUGUCCAUGGGUCAGGAGGUCGAAGCACAGAAGAGGUUGAAGGCGUUUGCCGGGUAUCAGAUCACCAACGAGCUUGCCAAGCGAGGGGGCGCGAAGCCGGACUGGAAGUUCAUGCAUUGCCUGCCGAGGCACCCUGAAGAGGUUGACGACGACGUAUUCUACGGUCCAAGGUCGCUUGUGUUCCCUGAAGCGGAGAACAGGCUUUGGGCUGCUGUUGCUGCCUUGGAAGCGUUUGUGGUCAACAACGGAAAGAUCCUCUAAGCGGAAUAUCGCUCAAGGCGUCGCUUGCAUUCACAUUUGUACAAGACAUUAAUUUUUAAAGGUAGAGCAGGCAUGGCGUAGCGUACGGGAAAUGUUGACAGAUGAAAUAUACC